CUCGGUUGUCCACUAGAGCUUGCACAUGUCACAAAACUACAUCUCGCUCGCAUGCGGGAACACUUUUUUUUUAUAAGACAGACAAAGAAUUACAUGCAUCUCUUCUAUCCUCCGCUCUCAUUAUGAGGGUUAAGCAGGACUGCGAGCUUUAGAUAAACCAGGCCUCCCCCAAAAACUGCAGAGCUCUCUCGCGUCCCCCUUGUCGCAGUGAUGGUGGACUAUAUGGACAUUUCCACGAAUGCGGCUCUCUUCUGGCACUUGGAGCGGCGUGACCACCGCACGUCCCACUGACUCGCGGAUCUGAGCAGAUGUCUGGUCCACUACCGACACCGGGCCACCUCCUCUGCAAACCCAAAUGGCUGUUCGCGUGGCUGGGAUCUGGAGAGAUUUGCGCAGACUGAGCAGCAGCGUCCUGCGCUCUGGAGACUGGAGGAGAGGAUGCUCGUGCACAGGGAUGCGGAGCGCUAAACUCUCAUCUUUAGCAAUAUUCUUACUUUUAUUACACAACGCGCAGGCUUCUGACGAUGAGUUCAGUCAUGAAGCCUCUGGAUCAUUUCUGGAAGUGGCCUCAUCACCCUCCUCUAUUCAUUUACUGGGCGGCUUUUUUAUGACAGACAGGAAUCCAGCAUCAGUAGUCCAAUCAGAUCCUAAAGGCUCAUCAAAGAGCAGAAGGGAACAACCUGCCUUUUCCUCUUUUCUCACACUACUUGCCAGCACAGCCCAAAAAGCUCCUGAACCCCCUACAAAAGUUGCUGUGCGUGACAACGAAACCCAUCAAUGGCCUUUAAAUGGAUCUUUGGAGAGAGUGGAGUCAUCAUUCUCCCAUCCGCCAUCUCGGCUGGUCAGCAACCACUCUCACUCAGAGUCUGAGUGGAUAUCUGAGCUGGUGGUGCCUGCGGCCACAUCCAGAGUUGUAGAAACUCUCCAUCAAGCCAAUGAUUCUGAGCAGAGAAACACAGCUCCGUCUAACAGAUCUUCAGACACAGCUGUGGACUCCCAACAAGAACAGCCAGCCAUUGCAGCCACUACUGUAUCUCAACCUACAGGAUUUACCAGCAAUACUGUUACCACAACCAGCACCCCCUUUACCACAACCACAAAGCAGAUUAGCACUACCCAAUCGUCUGCUGCUAAACGACACUCCAAAACACACAGUGCAACUAUCAGAACUACAACUACAACUACACUUCUGGGAUUUCCAAAGACAACACCUAGAAUCUGGUUUGCCUCCACCUCACAAAGCACCAAGCUGGAUUCUUCAAGAAGCACUGCAGGUCCACCAAAAGUUGCUGCUACUGAGGCCACACUGAUGAGGUGUAACAUCACAGACAAGAUGUGGAUAAAAACAGUGUUGUCCAUACAGUUACGAAGGAGUCGUCUAGACAGUAUUUUGAAGCAGAACCUCCCUCGAGGGUUUACUCAAGCUCUGAAGAAGGCCUUGAAUGACAGCAUGGUUCAAGCUAAGCUUGAGAGAAUUUCCAGUGUGCCUAAUGUGACGGUCGGUUACUAUGUGACCAAUGGAGAGAUGGUAUACAGUGCCUCUGUAGUUGUGGAGGCUCUUAGUGUCUAUGGUAUUGAGAGAUUGAUGGCAGACAUCCGGCAGUUUGUGCCACUGGUGCAGGCCGUUCCCAUCCCAGCAGUCCCCUGGAGACCCAGCCCUGCCAUCUCACUGAUGCUGAAGACAGUACUGCGGUUUGUAGGGCCAGGAGAUGACAUCAGGUCCUGCAGAUUUACUCAGAUGAUGGAGCAGAGACUGGAGAAUGCAUUUGCUGAGGCUGAGGCCAUAGUGAUGAACUCACACAGCACUCUCGCUGUACAGAUAUUGAGCACAUCUCAGUCUUUGGGUUCUCCUGCUGUAUCUCUUAUAUAUAUGGUGCGUAAUGGAAGUGUCACACUUAAUGGCACAACAGCCAGUAACCUUCUCAGUCACCUGACCGCCGAACUUGUUGGCUACUUCCUGUUUUACCCUCCACUAAUCACCGCUGAGCCUCUGGAAUACCACAACAUCAACACAUCUGUAGAAACCAGACCGUUUUGGAUUAUCACAGUGAUUCAGGAUGUGUCAAACUCAUCUCUGGAAGUGCAAUACCAGAGCUUUGCCAGUCUAAUGGAGGAGCGGCUGGCUGAGCUCUUCAUGGUGGCCCACCAGCAAGGCGUUCGCUUCAAACGGGCAACAACAGUGGGCAGUUACACUGUGCAGAUGGUUAGUAUCAGGCGUGUUCAUGGGACAAAAAACCCAGCUGAGAUGACCUACUAUGUCCAGCAAAAUGGGACCCCAAUGCUUGGUACAUCUGCAGCCAAGCUUCUGAACACAGUGGACUCACAGACCAUGGCGCUUACACUGGGAUACUUUGUCCAAUUGCAGGCUGAAGCCGUGGUGAAGAAUCCACCCAACAACCUGUGGAUCAUUGCUGCAGUGCUUGCACCCAUCGGUGUGGUGACCCUCAUCAUCAUCAUCAUCACCACGGUCCUGUGUCAUAAAAACAAGAACGAUUUUAAAAGUGAUCCUAUCAGCAACUACAACCCUCGAGUGAAGACGACUUACUGGAGAGACGUGGGUUAUUACCCUCAGCCUGUCCAGGGGUUUGACUAUGCCAAGCAACAUCUGGGUCAGCAGGGUGGUGACGAGGAGACCCUUCCGGUUACCCAGGAAACUAUGAUCCUGCCCCAUCCCAUUCGAGAUGCUCCCCUGUCCUUAGAUAAACCUGCACGCCAAGACGGAUCCACUUCCAAGAAGAGCCUGAACAGUGAGAUAAGGAAAAGUAGGUUGCCGAGUGAGGAUGGUUCCGUCAUCAGCAGCGAAUCAGUGAAGGAGGUCUCAGGAAAGGGCUCGAGUGUGCAAAAAGCCACAGCGCAGCAGAAACUCACCAAGGAGGAGACGAGGAAGAGUAAUGAUCAUUAUGACAGUUCAUCAGGAUCACUUCAUCUUAUUUCCAUAAAACCAAUGGCAGCUCCACCCACUUACUCUCACCCCAUGUCCUCCGACCGCAGCCAGGACUCUGCUGUAUUUAAUGGAGAGGUGAAUUUGGCUCUGAAACAGAAGUCAGACAUUGAGCACUACAGGAACAAGCUUAGACUGAAGGCCAAGAGGAAGGGUUACUAUGACUUUCCUUCUGCUGAGGAGAAAAGCAGCACUAAAGACCUGAGUCAGAGGCACAACAGACCUCCACACCCUCACAGCAGAGCUCAGGAACAGGAGGACGACAGGGGCUCCACAUAUGUGAAACACCGCAGGAGACCUUCUCAGGUGAGUCACCCCACACAUCGUAGCAGACAGUCUCUAAACAGUCCCAGUCCAGGAGGAACAGAGAUGGAUCUUCUGGUCAUGAGAGAAAGACCCAGAAAGGGGAUCCGUAACAGUGGCUAUGAUACUGAACCAGAGAUUAUUGAAGAGACUGAUGUGGACCGACUAGGGGGCCGCCAUUAUUUUGGCUGUGGUCGACAAAUCAAAGGUCAGUCUGAGACGUCCACGCUGAGCUCUCAGCCUUCAAUAGAUGAAGUUCGUCAGCAGAUGCAUCUCCUGCUUGAAGAAGCCUUUAGUUUGGCUUCAGCAGGACACUCCACCUCCAGCAGACACCAUCACCAUCACUCGCACCUUCAGCAUCCCCCGCUGGGACCCUAUGGUUUGGGUCCAGUCAUCCCAUACUCAGAGGUGGUGACUAGUGCACCGGGCACCACAAGUCAAGGACAGGGAGGACUGCAGUGGGUGCCAGCCUAUAGACCAGACCCUUACCAGUGCAGUCUGGGCAAACAGGCAUUCAGGUUUACUCAGCUUCCUGAAAUGGCUCUUGGGUCUCCUCCACCCCCUGUCCCACCAAGAACAGGUCCUCCACCUGAAUCCUCACUGCGACGGUCAUCCUCUGAUCUUGGUCCAAAGGCUCUUUGCUCUGAGUCAUCAGUGUCUAGUCAGCAUGACAGCGCCCCCUACAUACCAAACAGCAGAGUGCCACUCCCACCUGCCAUCACUGAGCCUGUUCCCAACCACUCAGGAAAUCCCAUGACAGCGGUGUACGCCAUCCCAGCCACCCGUCCAGGAUACACAGGAUAUUUCAUUUCCACACCACCCUCCUCCUAUCACAGCCCUUCCUGGAUGUCUUACCCACCUGAACCUGAGGAUGUGCCUCCUCAGUGGGCAGAAUCAAUGCCCUUGCCAGGCUACGCAGAGGCCUUUCCUCACCCUCACUAUCCUCAGGGUAGCCCCCUCCUGUGGCACCACCGCCAGAUCACCCAAGGUGGUCCAGACCAGCUGCCCUUUUCCUCCACUGCAGCAUCUCAGCAGAGUUUAACAGAGUCUGGAGAUCCUAUUAGCCCUGAAAUCCCCCUCAGCAGCCUUUCCACUUCAGCUCUUGUCAAAGCCAUCCGCGACGAGGUGGCCAAACUGGCCAAGAAGCAAGCAGACAUGUUUGAGUUCCAGGUGUAGAAGUUUCUAGUGCAAUCCCGGACCAGCUGCACUGAAACUGAACUCACAGUCUGAUCCGUUUAUCAGACUUCUGAUUUUACUGGAUACUUUCUUUAUUUUUUUUCAUUGAAAUGUCUGUCUGCUUUUAAUACAGGUUUGUGUGGUUCUCUUUGGCAUUGUAGAGUAACAUUAACAUGUAGUUUAGCAUUUUAUUUGUUGUAGUAUAGACUUAAUAUAGUAUAUAGAGUUUCAAUUUCAGUCUACGAUAUGAAAAUCCACACCAUCUCCCCAUCAUCACUAUUGUAUUUUAAAAAUGAAACUUAGUGUGGUGAUUAAAAGUAUAGGUCAUCUAAAUUAUUAUUUACUGACCCUCAUGAUGUUCCAAACCAAUAAAAGUUCUGCUGAUUUUCAGAGUAUGAAUUAGAAUAUUGUGUUUGCACUUUGAUGAUCCCAGGCCUGGUUACAAAAUCAGUCACUAGCUAUGUUUCCUUACAAAGAUGUAAUUUAAGCUUAUGUACAAAAUUGGAAUAUUGCAUAAAACUUUUGUGAAUAAAGCACCGUUUCCAUUCAAUGAAUCAAAGAGAACAAAUUGUCACUGCAAGGAAAUAUCAAAAGGAAAAACAAAAUUUGCUGUGGUAGAUGAAGCAUUUUAGAACACCCAAAACAACAUUUCAGAUGUUUUACAAUGUAGUCGGUCUGCUGGUUUGUCCAUUAAUGACAUCCCAUCAAAACAAAUGUUGUUGCCACGUAAUCCCUUAAAAUAAAAUCACAUAACUUUU